AUGAGGACGUGUGCGUCUGCUCCGUGUGCGCGCCAUUUGGAACACGCUUAUUUUCCACGCAUUGCGCUGCUGCUGCUGGCGCUACUUGUGGCGCAAUCCACGUCCUUUGCGCAGCUCGCACCCGAGUGCUUCCCUGGAGGUCAUCGCACUCUGCAGAACCCUUACCGCAGUGUUGACUUUGACUCCACUGAGUUGCAAAGUACGGCCAUCCAAGACCUGGUCUGUGACCACUCGCUGGCACCGGGCUGGUACCGGUUCAAGAUCGACAACAAGCCGGCUGAGAUGCCGACCACCUGCGUCGAGAUGAAUCGUUGUGGGACGCAGGCACCCGUGUGGCUCUCACUGAAGGACACACCCCUACCGCGUCCCGGGGAGAUCCGCCAGUUGUCCGCCUGUGCCACCUGGCAGUUCUUCCGAGGCAGCACCAAAGACUGUUGCCUCUUCCGCAUCCCCAUCAAGGUUCGCAACUGUGGCGACUUCUUGCUCUACUACCUGCAGCCCACACAAGGAUGCAUGGGAUACUGUGCCAAAGUCUCUCCAGCCGUGGCACCUAGGAUCUGCCUGCCAGGUGAGGCGGAGGUGAACGGCCGAUGCAAGGAUGCUCUGCCGUCCUUGCAGUCGCGGCCUGUUAUCUCACCAGAGCUAAUCGGCCACAGCGUCCAUUUGAGGUGUUCCUUCGUCCCACCGCCAUGGAGUCAACCACUGGGCUUUCAUGUGGUGUGGGCGCGGCACAUCAGCCACAGCAUGAAGGUUGAGAUCCGCCAAGAGUCCAUAGUCAAGCCGUUCUCACUGGUGGAGAUGGAUGCCAUUCACUUCAGGCUUGGCGAGACGUUCUCAUGCAGCGUGUCCACGUUCCAAGUCAAUGUCACCCGCAGCCAGUCUUCUCACAGAGAGAGUGAGGCUUUCUUCGCUGGGUUGAAGUUUUCAGUGGAGUCGUUACAUAUAGCGGAGAAUGGCGAAGAGCACGAGGUCAGCGUCCGCAGCACGGUGCCCGUCUCCUGCUACAACCACCAUCGCUGUGGGCUCCCCCUGGUGUUGAGUGUGCAGGAACCAGACCGCCUCGGACUGGAGGUCUCCAACCUGGCACUGUCCACUUGCCAUGUUGAGCUCCGCCCGACUGCUUGCAAUGAUGGAAUCUGCGCCUGGACGACGUUUUUCGUCACCGCCGUCACCGACUUCACACGGGAUGGGAACCGCAUCAGUUUGGUCAGCGCCGUUCCCGAUGCAGGUGCACCUCGGCUUUGGAAGAACUACAUUCCAACGUCGCUGAAAGUCACAGUUCAGGAUGUUCCCACAUCCAUAUGCUACUCACUGACGGACCCACAUGUCAUCACACUGGAUGGCAGGCGCUACGACAACCACCAAACUGGCACCUUUGUUCUGUACCGGAGCCUCGCCAGGGACUUUGAGGUCCACUCUCGCCAAUGGGACUGUGGCAGUCGUCAUUACGCUGUGUCUUGCAGCUGUGGUGUUGCUGCUCAAGAGGGUAAUGAUGUAGUCAUAUUUGACAUGUGCAAUGGCCAACCGCAGGAAACAAGACCCCAGCUCACUGUGAAGGUCCUCGGUGAGGAUCGUGGUCAUGUCCGUGUGCUGGAAUCUCACCAGGGAAAGAAAGUCACCAUGAUCUUUCCCUCCGGCGCCUUUGUCCGAGCUGACGUUGGCGACUGGGGAAUGAGCCUCUCCGUCCGGGCGCCAAGUGUGGACUACCGCAACACGCAAGGCCUCUGCGGCACCUUUGAUCACAAUAGCAACAAUGACAUCCACGGCUACAGAGGUAGCCAUGAUGACUUGCAUGGUUUCAUAGAGAACUGGAGGAUAGCUCCUGGUGAGAGUUUAUUUGACAAAAACCCUCCUGGCUCAAGACAAGAAGACAGGAGACCUUUUUGUUUGUGCCAGAACAGAUACAGUUCUUUGCAUCCUGCUGGUAGAGGAGCGGGACACACGCCUGGUCGAUCUGGUCACUCUGAUUGCAUUGCGCAGGACAAUGUGGAUUACAUAUCUGUAUUCCCCUCACUGGACACCACACUGGAGUACAUCAAGUAUCCUGAAAUAGAGGCAAGCAUCCUGAACGUGUCCUCCCAUCAUCCCUGGGAGGGGUUGCGCCCUCAUUUCAAUUCCCACAAUGAACAAGUGUUCAGAGAUGACCUCCUAAUGUCAGCUGAGAGACUAAGAAGACAGACAAUGUUUGAGUUCCAGCCAGUUUUUGACUCUCAAAGCCUCAAGCAAGCUGAAUUGGAGCGCCUUGCCUACUUUUUCCCCGAGGAUCACCUCGUAAAACCGCGACCAGAGGUUCAAGCUCAAUGGCCCACACCAAGCGGUCUGACUUCUGGCAAAGCUCUGGAAGUGUGCCACAUAGCUUUGUCCAAUUCAACAGUUGGUGCAGUUUGCCAAGGGUUGCUGGGGCGACGUCUUUACGAAGCAGUGGACCUGUGCAUCUUGGACCUUCAGCUGAAAGACGACUUGGGCUGGGAUGAGGCACUGCUGCCCUACCUAGAGAACGAGUGUGAGAGGAGACUGCUAGAGAACCGGGCCCAGAAGGCCAUGGAGACACUUGGUCAGCCGGGAGUGCCUGGGGAUGUGGUGACAGCGCUGCGCUGCCCUAAUUUUUGCAAUGGCAAUGGAGAGUGCACAGAUUCUGGUUGUCAGUGUCACCAAAACUUCAGCUCAUAUGACUGCAGCGUUGCUAUUGCCCAGCCAGUUGAGCUAAGUGACCUGGAAAAUGGCGGCCUCUGUGAUAUCAGAAUAUUCAACUGCAGGAACAUUUGGGUCUUUGGCCUGGGCUUCGUUGACUCUCCCAACCUGAGCUGCCAUGUCACUAGAUUGAAGUAUGUCAACGGCGUUUGGCUUCUAGGGGAAAAACACAGAACAAGAGCCACAUUCCUCAGCUCCAGGGCUUUGGACUGUGUUGUGCCCUCACUGAGCAGUGCAACCGUCAACACAGAAGACUUCUGGAUGGACGACAGACCGUAUGCAAGGUGGAAGAUCAAGGUGACUAACGAUGGCUCCCAGUACAGUCAAACCAAGGUGCUCACGAUCUACGAUGGCCUUUGUCAGGUGUGCACUGCUUCCGGCUCAGGACUUUGUAAGUUAAAGGACCGGAUAUGUAACAUUGACGGGAUGUGCUUUGCCGAGGGAGAUGUAAAUCCAGGAAGCCCGUGCCUGCUCUGUGACCCAAACACUUCAAAAUUCACAUGGUCACUCAGCCAAGUCAACGAGCCGCCAACCUUCCAUCGACCUCAGAACGACCUGCGAACAUUCGCCGGAGAGAACUUUGUCUUCCAGUUUGCAGCAUCAGAUCCAGAAGGCUCAGCCCUGCUCUUUCAACUGGAGACUGGCCCCAAGGGUGCCACGCUCUCACCGGCUGGGCUCCUCAUCUGGGAGGUCCCAUCAUCUCUCGAACAGGAGGAGCAUCAGUCAACCAUUCACCUAAUGCUGUCGGAUGAGUGCAAUGCUCAUAACACCUUCACGGUUCAGGUCCAUGUGUUGCCAUGUGGAUGUCAGAAUGGAGGAACAUGCGUGACAGAUGUCAACUUCCCUGCUGGCAGUGGGAAGUACCUGUGUGUAUGUCCUCAAGGGAAACAUGGGGACCUGUGUAAUGAUAACGUGGACAAAUGCUUGUUGGCACCGUGUCCAAAUGCAACAUGCAUUAACACAGCUGGGGGAUUCAGAUGCGAGUGUCCCGCAGGGUUGUCAGGUGCAACAUGCCAGGAAGAUGUUGACGAGUGUGAGCGCACACCCUGUUUCGCAGGAGUACAAUGCCUCAAUAGUUAUGGCUCCUAUACCUGUGGCCCCUGCCCUAAAGGAAUGCAAGGGAAUGGUACAUCGUGCACAGUGGACGAGAUGCCUGCCACCAUCACUACCUCAUUGGCUGCAAAAGCCACUAUUCGCACAAUUCCAGUUCUACUGCAGACUCCAACUACUCUUAACUCAAGACUCCACUCUACCAAGAGCAUGCCAGAUAUUAGACCAAACCCUAUCAAAGUUGGUCUAUCUCUACUUAGCGCCACAACUGAGAAGAACACCAGUGUACUGAAACCCACAGCAAAACCUGUUGCAGCAACCUGUGCCAGCAGGCCUUGUUUCCCUGGCGUUCAAUGCAUCAACCGACGCCUGCCGCAUGUUGGCUACGUUUGUGGUCGGUGCCCACCCGGCCUUCACGGCAAUGGUCGCACCUGCGUAAAAAAAGCUAAGGCAGCAUCCAAUUAUGUUUCGCCUCAACAGCCAGCAGGCCAUAAGAGCCGAUCCCUGCACAGCAGCAGCAGUAAGGUGUCCAGCCUCCAUUUACCGGUCCUGCCUUCCAAACACGGCAUGAAACGCCUGCCUGUCAAUAGAGAUUCCGCACUGCAUCAGCAUUCAGCUUUUGGGAGGGGAGGAGGUACCGGUCGGAGGGAGGCUGUCUCCGGUGAUAUUGGGAGAACAACAAUCAGUGCGCUUCCUGCCACUGCCACCCACAGAGGCCAUGUCACAUCCUCCAGAGCGUUUGUAGUUUCCGGUGAGACUGUCCCAAAGCCGUUUGAACAAGUCAUGUCUUCUAAAGUAACUCCACCCGCACCUCGUCUCAUAACACAGUCUGGCCAAGUGACAAAGCCUAGAGCGACCACCCACCUGUUCAAUUACGUGUCAUUCCGCCCUGCUAAACUGUGGACCUCUCUGAGACCUGUACGUCCUCUUACAGCAGCGCUCAGAGGUGUGCCUUAUACCCUGCCAGAGUCCAAAUUCUCUACAGACAAAGACAAAGUAGCAUUGAUCCCUAUGACAACAAACCACACCUUCCUUCUCAAGAGAGUGUCGUACACCCAACCGCGGGUCACUGAUCAUGUGACUGAUAAGAAACGUGUGGUGACAUGUGGCGACCGGCCAUGUUUUCCUGGCGUCCAAUGCAAUGCAACAUUGGACAGCGGGUUUCGCUGUGGCCGUUGUCCCGUUGGCUUCACUGGAGAUGGCCGGAUGUGUCGAGCUGUUUGCAGGCAAGCGUGCGGACGGAACAUGGAGUGCGUGGCACCCAACAAGUGUCGCUGCAAGGCAGGUUACACGGGUUCGCACUGUCAAACAGCAAUUUGUGAGCCGAUGUGUGUGAACGGGGGAGCGUGCGUUGCUCCGGGGGUCUGUCAGUGUCCUGUCGCGUUUCAUGGAGAGAUUUGCCAAGAAGCUCUGUGCAGGUUGCCAUGUGAAAAUGGAGGCACCUGUGUGGAACAGCAGACAUGCUCGUGUCCUUACGGUUUCGUUGGACCGCAUUGUGAGACCAUGGUGUGCAGCCACCACUGUCACAACGGUGGCAGGUGUGUGUCACCAGAUGAAUGCCAGUGUCAGCCGGGCUGGAGUGGCCCCUCCUGUGAAAACGCUCUUUGCUCUCCAGUCUGUCUGAACGGAGGGUCGUGCGUCCGGCCCGGCACCUGCAAGUGUCCUCCUGGUUUCUUUGGGGCCCGGUGUGAAAACGCCGUCUGCACGCCCGCCUGCAAGAACGGUGGUCUCUGCAUGAGGAAUAACGUCUGUACCUGCCCGCCAGGAUACACCGGGGGGCGCUGUGAGCGAAGCGUGUGUGAGCCCAUGUGCAUGAACGGCGGUCGCUGCGUGGGUCCCUACUUUUGCGACUGUCCGUCAGGUUGGAGAGGAAAGCAAUGCGAACGACCCAGUUGCGUGCAUACGUGUCUGAACGGCGGUGAGUGCAUCGGACCCGACGCCUGCCGCUGUGCUCCAGGCUGGCACGGACCGCUGUGUCACAUUCCUCACUGUCAACAAAGGUGCUUGCACGGCGGCCGCUGUGUGCGACCCAACGUGUGUGCGUGUCGAAGCGGAUUCUCAGGCGCUCUUUGCUCCAGGAGGACUCGGAGGCUGCUCAACCUGCAGCUUCUUCUUACCCCAUGCCCUCGACAUCGGGUUUUCCUACCCGGGAGCCCAGCAUACCACAUCCGCCCAGUUUUUGCACAGCAGCCUCACACAUACACAACAGACUCCGCCCGUGUGGCAUAUAUACUAAGUUUACUGGCUGGAAGAGCAGCUAGCUGGGCUAUGGAGGUGUGUGAGAGUAAACCCGGACUUCGUUCCAACUUACCCCUAUUUUCCGCUGAGUUGCGCAGCGUCUUUGACCACCCCGUGAGGGAACGAGAGGCAGGCAGCCGCCUUCUCGCUACACGCCAGGGGUCCUCCUCUGUCGCGGACCACUCAAUCUCCUUCCGAAUCCUGGGGGCGGAGAGUGGCUGGGGGGAGAGAGCUUUGCGGGGAAUAUUCCUGGCUAGCCUUAACUCCCAGAUCCAAGACGAGCUGGCUGCCCGCGACGAGACCCAGACCCUCGAGGAGCUCAUCUCACUCGCCAUCCGAUUGGACAACCGCCUACGAGAGCGACACGCCCAGAAGGGGGUGGAUCCUCCGUCCACCAGAUGGCAGUCAUCUACCUGGUCCACACGAUCAACAUCCAAGCCUCAGGUUUCGUCGUUUCCGCCUUCUGACUGCAAUGCCCCGGAGGAGGGGCUAGAGGGGUCCAUUCCUAUGCAGCUGGGUGGAAGUCGCCUGUCGUCUGCAGAGAGGAGUCGUCGGCUGAGAUUGCGGCUGUGCCUGUACUGCGGAGCUGCGGACCACGUCGUUGUUCGCUGUCCUGCGCGGCCUACUGGGGGCCGUUCCGCGUCCACACGAGACCUUCCGCAGGGAGGAUUACCAACUUUGCCGCCUGCUCCUGUGGUGGACGCAUCUGACACUGGGGUAGGGGCUGUUUUGUCCCAGCACUCCAGUUCUGAUCAGAAGCUGCACCCCUGCGCCUUCUUCUCCAAACGCCUUUCGCCUGCAGAGAAGAACUAUGACAUCGGGAACCGAGAGCUUCUUGCAGUGGUCCUCGCCCUUCAAGAAUGGAGGCACUGGCUUGAGGGUGCCAAACACCCCUUUAUCAUUUAUACCGAUCAUCGUAACCUAGCCUACCUCCGCUCUGCCCAACGCCUCAAUCCCCGCCAGGCUCGGUGGUCCCUGUUCCUUACAAGGUUUGACUUUUGUAUGACUUUUCGCCCGGGCUCACUCAAUGGUAAACCUGAUGCCUUGUCGAGGAUGUUCUCUCCUCCUACAGAAGACACUCCCCCAGAGACUAUCCUUCCUCAGUCCCGGAUUCUGGGCGCAGUACAGUGGGAGGUGGAGAGACGGGUGUCGGAGGCUAUCAAGGACUCCCCAUCCCCUGCUGGAUGUCCUCCUGGUCGCCUUUUUGUACCGAGAACCCUCCGUCCAGAGGUCUUGUCGUGGGCUCACACUUCCAAGAUUGCUUGCCACCCAGGUGCCAGACGCACUGAGUUCCUGCUUACUCAGCGGUUCUGGUGGCCUACCGUUCACACUGAUACUAAGAAGUUUGUGGCUGCAUGCCCCGUCUGCGCCAGAAGCAAAGCUUCCCAUCAAGCUCCUGCGGGGUUGCUGCAGCCCCUUCCCAUCCCCUCUCGCCCAUGGUCGCACAUUGCUCUGGACUUUGUCACAGGUCUACCCAUUUCCAGGGGGUUUUCUGUCAUCCUCACCAUAGUUGACAGAUUUUCUAAAUUCACGCAUUUUAUCCCCCUCCGUAGACUUCCCUCCUCCCUGGAGACCGCCAAGCUUCUAGUAAACCAUGUGGUUCGACUUCAUGGGAUCCCCAUCGAUGUGGUGUCAGACAGAGGUCCUCAAUUUUCAUCCGCUACAUGGAAAGCUUUCUGCAACUUGUUAGGAGCCACUGUCAGUUUGUCAUCAGGGUACCACCCACAAUCGAAUGGACAAUCGGAAAGAGCCAAUCAGGACCUAGGGGCGGCCCUGAGAUGCGUGUGUCACCAGCAUCCAUCAUUGUGGUCUACCUAUCUCCCAUGGGUGGAGUAUGCCCGUAACACCCUAAUCUGUUCAUCUACCGGCUUGUCCCCUUUCCAUGUGGUGCAUGGCUUCCAACCUCCUAUCUUCUCCUCUCAAGAGAUCGAGUCCACUGUUCCCUCCGUGACUGCCUUCCUGCGCCGUGUGCACCAUGUGUGGCGUGAUACACGCGCUGCCUUGUCGCGGACAGCCAAACGGAACCAGACCAUGGCUAAUCGCCAUCGCAGACCAUCUCCCGACUACAAACCUGGCCAGAGGGUUUGGCUAUCAUCAAAAGACAUUACAUUACCAGGAGAGUCGAAGAAACUGGCACCUAAAUUCAUCGGACCAUAUGAGGUGGAGCGGAUGAUAACUCCCGUCACAGCUCGACUCAAGCAGGUGGAGGGUCAUCCAGCCUUCACUGUCAACACCAUUCUGGACGCUAGGAGACGAGGCAGGGGUGUGCAGUUUCUGAUCGACUGGGAGGGUUACCCCCCAGAGGAUCGCUCCUGGAUUUCACGUUCCCUUAUAAUUGAUAAAUCCCUUAUUUCUGAUUUUUAUCAUAGAUUUCCCGGUAAACCAGGAGGUCCGCCAGGUGGCGUCCGUUGAUUAGGGGGGGGAUACUGUCACCGCCUGCUGCCACCUGGUGGUUUGUAUGCUCAGUUUUCCCUUGGUGCAGCAGACUUGGCUCUUACUUUUUGUCUUCCUCAGAGUUCCUGUG